ACAUUGAGCAGAAUGGAAGUGCAGCGGGCGCUGAUCUUUGAGUGCUGACUGAUCACAAGUUGGGAAAUUGUGUCUGCAAGAGUUUGCGUCAGCAUAGAUAAGGGGAGGCAGGAGGCCAAAGUUCUGGGCAGGGCACACACAGAGUGGUGGAUGAGUAGCAGUGGGCGUAACCCGAGUGUCUCUUAUUCACUAUUCACAUUGUUCAGGUUCACAUUGGUCAUCUCACCUCCGCACUUGCAUUGUCUGCUCCAUAAACACUCUCCACUUGUAUCGUAACGGACGGUGCUGAGAUUGCUCUUUGAGUCUCCCACAGCGAUGGUGUAACGCAAGAGGCCUUACUGGAGUCAUUGUCCUGCGUUCAAAACGAUGUUUAAAAAAGCAAUGGAGCAGCUGAUCAGCCAGAUUGACUGUGGAGGCGAGCUGACGCCAGCCACCAGUGCGUACGAGUCGGAGAGGUUUAAGCCUCUGUGCCUGGUCCACAGGAGACGUGGUGGCCCAUUCUGGAGAAAGGCCCGGUACCGUGGCACAGAUUUCAAGCUGAAGCAGAUACUGGCUGAUGGAAGCAACUUACCGACUGUGCAGCAGAAUGAUUUCUCCUUCCAUUUCUCGGAGUCAUUGGACAUGAAAGGGUUUGCGAAGCUGAAUAACAACCCGUACAUUGCAAAAAACCUUUACGUAACCAUUCAGCUGGAAGGAGCAAAACAAGUUUCCAUCAGUGUCUCAGAUCUAAAUGAGAGCCUGGAAAACAGAAAAGUCGGGCAAUCUUGGGAGUUUGUUCAAAAAAAUUACUCAGGAGAUCUCUGUGUGGUGACUGAAGUAUUAAUGUCUGUGCAGCCCCUAAUGCUGAGGAAAGUUCAAAAGAGAGGAAUUGAACUUUACAUGACUUUACCCAGCAUCGUUUCGGUGGGUGGAGAAUACCAUGUUUCCGCCAAAAGCACUCUGUGCAUUCCUGAGGGCUCGGUCCUUGCCUACAGAGUGUGGGAUCUCGCCCUUACAAAAGAUGGCGAGCUGAGCCUGUCGAAGCCAAACAAAAGGAGCCAGCCACAGUCUUGGAUCUGCUGUGACAGCGCAGAUGUCAAUGGGGAGAUCUGCUAUAAGCUUCAAUGUCUCGACAAUGGGUUGAAGCAACGUCUCCUGGGCCUUGUGUGUCACAUCACUGAAGACUUUGAACUUCAUUCAAUUCUGAGUGACGUGUUGUCUGAUGCUUGUGCUGGAGUUGAUUAUUCACUCUCAGAACUAAACAAGCUGGAUAAAGAGGGAAGGGAAUGUGCAGAAAACCUCUUGGCCAUCUGGAGCGGGGACCAGUUGAAGAAUGCAGCCGAUGACUACCUUUGUAAGGCUGUCUCUUUUCUCUUAGCGUCUUUGGAAGAUCUGCCGCCAACAACGUUACCAGUGCUAAUUCAAAGUAUGAAGAUGCAGAUUUUGCCCCAGCAGCUCACCCUGGUCACCGGCAUCCUCAAGGAUCUUGAUCACAGCCAAGUGGACCAGGCGCUGAAGGUGGAGACAGGUAGUUUCACGGAGGAUGCGUUUGGAAUAACUGCGGAGAUGCUGACGGAUGUCGGGCUUCAUCUGGAGAGGGACAGUGUCCAGAAAACGAGGGAACCCAGUCUCUAUGAACUGUCUGUGGCCUUGUACUAUCUAAACGCACUGAGCAGCAACUGAGGGAAUGAAUGAAGGGGGUCCCAACACCCUGAUCUUGGAUUUAUUCCUGCUGAUCACAGCAUAUCUGUGUGUUUUUAUAUCCAUUUAUUAUGCUUUUCUUAUUUACCUUGAACAACCUAUGUGUCUCAUUGGUAAUAUUUUACCCAAAGCCACGUUGGAGGAAGGAACUACAGAUGCUGGUUUAAACCAAAGUUAGACACAAAAUGCUGGAGUAGCUCAGCGGGACAGGCAGCAUCUCUGGAGAGAAGAAAUGGGUGACGUUUCGGGUCGGGACCUUUCAUCAGACCUUCUUCUGUCGAAGGGUCUCCACCCGAACCAUCACCCAUUCCUAUGUACAAUCAGAAUCUCCUGGGUCAAAAUAGACUUUAAGACCUCCGACAAUUAUCAGAAAAGUCCCAAUUAGAAAAGGAAUGUACGGAAAACACAGACCUCACCGGCAACAACACUGAUUCAGUUUCUAUUUGGAUACCAAUUAUAUUUGCCACAGAAUACUGAUUUGCUCAUGACCUGCUCAUCAUUACCAAUUUGCAUAGUAUGACUCGACAUUUUAACCCCCCAUUAUUACUAAAAUAGCCAUGCAAAUUGGUUGUUUGUGGACAUUAAUAUUACAUCCUUCCAAUGUAUGUGUGUCAUUCUUGUGAUUAGGCCUUGAACGCUUUAAUUGAUUGUGAAAAUAAAGUUUAG